GUAAGCGCACGCAGAAGCAGACCCACACACCAAAGGCGACGUCGCGUGUGAGAGCUCUCAGAGCCGGGAGGCGUCGAGAGGUCGAGCCGACCUCGCACGCAGUCGAAGGCGCCGGCGCCGCCGCGGCAGCGGAGGAGGAGGAGGGGUCUCGAUCGCCGAGAUGGAGGAGGGCAAGGACGUCGGGAUCCUCGCCAUGGACAUCUACUUCCCUCCCACCUGUGUCCAGCAGGAAGCACUGGAGGCUCAUGACGGUGCCAGCAAGGGGAAGUACACAAUUGGGCUUGGGCAGGAUUGCAUGGCAUUCUGCAGCGAGGUGGAAGACGUUGUAUCUAUGAGCUUGACAGUUGUUGCAUCCCUGCUGCAAAAGUACAACAUUGAUCCUAAGCUAAUUGGACGCUUGGAGGUUGGUAGUGAAACGGUGAUAGAUAAAAGCAAGUCCAUCAAAACAUGGCUGAUGCAAAUUUUCGAGGAAAGUGGUAAUACUGACAUUGAAGGAGUCGACUCGAGCAAUGCAUGCUAUGGUGGAACAGCUGCCCUGUUGAACUGUGUGAAUUGGGUUGAGAGUAAAUCAUGGGAUGGACGCUAUGGCCUUGUCGUUUGCACAGACAGCGCGGUUUAUGCAGAAGGACCUGCUCGUCCUACAGGGGGUGCUGCUGCUAUUGCAAUGCUUAUUGGUCCAAAUGCUCCUAUAUCUUUUGAAAGAAAAUAUAAAGCUUCCCACAUGGCCCAUGCUUACGAUUUCUACAAGCCGGAUCUUGCAAGUGAAUACCCGGUUGUUGAUGGAAAGUUAUCUCAAACAUGCUACUUGAUGGCUCUCGAUUCAUGUUAUAAACAGUUUUGUACCAAGUAUGAAAAGCUAGUCGGAGAACAGUUCUCAAUAUCUGAUGCAGAUUAUUGCGUGUUCCAUUCUCCAUAUAAUAAGCUUGUGCAGAAAAGUUUCGCUCGACUCUUCUUUAAUGAUUUCAUGCGCAAUUGCAGCUCAGUUGAUAACGAUGCUAAAGAGAAGCUUCUACCUUUUGCAAAUCUGAAUAGUGAAGAAAGUUACCAAAGCCGUGACUUGGAAAAGGCUUCUCAGCAAGUUGCAAAGCAUUUGUAUGACAUCAAAGUUCAACCGUCAACUUUGCUUCCAAAACAAAUCGGUAACAUGUAUACUGCAUCUCUGUAUGCAGCACUGGCCUCUGUAGUCUACAACAAGCACAACAGUCUAGCUGGCCAACGAAUCAUUAUGUUCUCUUAUGGCAGUGGCUUGACAUCGACAUUGUUCUCAUUAAGAUUGCAUGAGGGACAACAUCCCUUCAGCCUAGCAAACAUUGCUUCCAUGCUUGAUGUAACAGCAAAGCUCAACUCAAGACAUGUGACACCACCUGAGAAGUUUGUUGAGACAUUGAAGCUGAUGGAGCACCGUUACGGAGCAAAGGAUUUCGAGACAAGCCAAGACACAAGCCUGUUGCCACCUGGCACAUUCUACCUUACAAAAGUUGAUUCCAUGUAUAGGAGGUUCUAUGACAAGAAAGCAUCUGACGACAUUGUUUGGGGUAAAACCAAGGUUAGCAAUGCCCUAGCAAAUAGCCAAUAGCAGUGAGGAAAUAUCAUAAAGCAAUGUUAUUAGAUAACUGCACUAUUAACCAUCAUUGUUUGUUCUGUUUGGUGUAUUUAUGUUUAUUAGAUAGAAUUAUCAGGUUAGCCAUCCUGCAAAUGUGUUCACCGUAAACACUGAACUUAUAUUUAUGCUGAAAACAGAAACUCUGUACCCUUGUUUUCUCUUUGAUUGUGCUAUGAUUGUAUUGGUGAU